AACAGCAAAGCAUCAACAAGAACAUACCUGUAAUUCUACUGUAAAAUUUACUGAAGCCGCCAUUAAUACAACGGCUAGAGCCAAUAUCAUUGUUUCCGCUGUCAAAACCAAACGUGACAACUGAGCCUUCAACGAACAGACACUACGGUUGCAUCUGCAACUAAAGCAUCUCAACGAGAAUCAGAUGGAAACCAAAUUUUAGUACUAUCUUGAAAAACUCGGCUUUUGAAACUCCGGUAUAAACAGGAAGGAUAAUCAAGUAACAAAGGGAUUCCGUUAAUUGAGACAAUUCAAAAUACUCAAAACACAAGAUGGAAGAUUUACAAGUGACUCUAGAUUAUAACUACGACUACGAUUAUACCCCAAAAUUUUCAGUCUUCGGAGAUAAUAUAUUCGGGCGGUCGAAUAUAAUUUUGUGUGUCUCGAUCAUUCUAGUUAUCCUGACCAAUGCAUUUCUAAUGAUCGCCAUUUUCCUAGAUCGUAAAUCUCACGGGAAAACGCGCUCUCUAUCAUUGCUGAACUAUAUGUUGAACUAUGCAUUGUUUACCUUGUUCGUUUAUUUUCAGAAUAUACAUCUCCAGCUAUUCCUAUAUUUCCCAACUUCAGCUUGUGCAUUUAUAUUUAUGACUCAUAGUGUUCUAGAUGAAGGGUCUAAAUAUUUCUUAUUCCCUAUUUGCUGUGAUUUUAUCGUGAAAUACUUUCAACCAAGCAAAUAUGGAAAUCGGAAGUUUUUAAUUAUCCAGUACGCAGUGACAGGGAUUUUGUGGGCCUUUCUCUGGGUAAAAGGAUUGGUAAUGUUUCUGGCAUGUUCCGUUUUUAGUCCGGAGAGAUGCAAUAUUAGUAUAAAUAGUAAUUUCAUAACAAUCAUGGCUACAUUCUCAAUAUUGAUGAUAACAAUGCUAGUGUAUAUAGGCUUGUUGAUCUAUAUUGCUAUCAAAGGUAGACAAUGUGAGAUGAUGAAAUCGCCUUUAAGAACAUUAAUUAUUGUUGUUAUUUUGGCUUUCAUUUCUUAUCUUCAACAAAACUUAUUUGAACUGGGAGUUUUUCCCUCAUUCGAUGAUCAGACGUUCCUCAUUUAUCGUUACUCUCAUUUUGUCAGCUUCCUGGUGAUGUCGUUUUUGUGGAUUCUUGAUGCCACAAUAAGACAAAGUGCACGGAAAUUAUGCUCAAAAAAAUGUAAAGAAUCUACAGAUCACUCGUCACAUGAUAUAACUGAACUAAACUAAUUAUAUAUAGUCAUGUAAAAAUAGUAUAUAUAUAUAUAUACAUACAUUCAUACAUAUAGACAUAUGUAUAUAUAUAUAUAUAUAUAUAUAUAUAGUUAAUCCAAACAAGAAAGCACAAAGAAACACAACAACGC